CGUUUCUGUAUGUCCUAGAAGGGAGCAGAGUUCUUGGUAGCUGCGGCUGCAGUCCAGGCGUAUUCGUGCUUUACCAGGCGAACCAAAUUAUGGUGCAACUGAAAGUGGGUACGCGGCCCUCCAGCGGGUCGACGGCGAAACUGCGGACCGUCCAUGCAGCCCCUAUGCCCGGCUCCGCGGUCCGGGCGCGGCAGCUCAGUCGACCCGGAACGGCGAAUCGUGCGGUGGUGUCAAGUACGAUGUUGCCACCGAUCGACAUCCAGCCGGGACAGGAGGACGUUAACUUCGCUGUUGGAACUACGGUUGAACAUCACCAGGAGCCGCUCCACUCUGGUGAGGAAAACGCGUCUCGAGAGCUGGAAGAUUCUUCCGCAGGCAGAACCAACCACGACAGGUUUUUCCUGGCGGAGGACAGCCAAGACCUCGAUCAGAGCGCCUCCUCCGCGAGCCGACACCACAGCUCGACGCAGGAGAGCCGGCCUGGGACGCACAGAAAGAAGAAAAAGUACAUUAUCGAGAAACAAACAUCUCUACGCGAGCUCAUCGGGGACCAGGCGGUGGUCCGCCCGGAUUCCCGCGCAUCAGAGACCUUCGAGCAGCUGUUCUCACCGGAAAUCGCAAAAGAGUUGUACGACGCGCUGGAAUCGGUGCAAAGGUUGACUCACGACAGGGUAGCGGAUAGCGAGUACCGGAUUUCCAAAUUGCUGCACCAGAGCCCGGCACUGCGGCAGCAGCUAGAAGAUACGGUGGUGAAUCAGCGCGCGGUCGGACACCAAGCGGGCCAGCAGCGAAACCAGCAGGACAUGUUGAACAAAAAUGCGUACAAUACCCCACCGGACUUGUCACGGCCAGGCACUGCUGCGUUUGUCACUUCCAGUGCAGACGAGGGGGUAGAGAUUUUCGAAAAUCACAAUUAUGACCAACAGAUUCCUCACGACGGUCGCGGACCGCUAGAUGCCGAGCGGUCUUUCCAGGAGCACUUGUCGCUGAUGGAGUACGACAAAGAUCCCGCACAGAGCCAGAUCGUACCGGUCACACCAAUGUACGACCCUGCAGCACACCAGCAAAGUUUCCACACCGCCUCCAUCAUUGCGACGCACGCUGCGUUGCGCGAGCAUUUGACUUCACGUGGCGGGAAGAGCAAAAUCCAAGCGGGUGAGACCACGGAGCUAAACUUGGACCCAGUCGCGCUGCAAAAGUACAGCAUCCCGGGUGGUGGCAUCGAGUGGGACAAGGUUGAGAAAUUGAUGGGCACGGAAGCGAGGCUGCGGCAGAAGCGGCAGCAGGAGUUUCGGGUGAAAAAAACAACCGAGCGGAACCGAGCGCUGAAGAUCCGCAUGAAAGCAGACUUGGAACUUGCUGCCAGCAAUGCGGAAAAGCUCGGAGCGACCGACGGCGCCGACAUCCUCCCGAACGUCGUGCAAGAUGAGCGGGUGAAGCGUAUUGAGAGGCCAGCGAGUCGGAAUCGUACCUUCACCACGGAGCGCCGCGAGGUGCCACGGUUAAACAAAGUCCCACUUGCAGAGGAAUUCCGACGGAGCGAUUUAGGUAUGAAUAUGGUUGCGAUGGUUGUAUUUGAUAUCGCCUCUAUUUGGAAUCGGCGAUCUUCUUUCGCACUUGUGAAUGAGAAUGACGUUAGCAAUGAGAUCGAAACACACACCUUGCAGGCUUCGCGGAACCGCGCCUCGUCCGGCAAAUGCACGGCGUGUUUUCGCCGAAGAGCGCGCCGUACUACCUGCGCAAGAGCACGGCGGAGGGGGAAACGACUGACGAAGAGUGGCAAGAGUUCGCGCCGCGGACGGCUGCUAGCGAGCUUGCGCCGCCGAGGUUGGUGCGUGCCGGGCGUUUUGUGGACCAUUUCCCGCAAGGGCCGCAAGAUUUAGUCUUGCAAGGCUCCGGGUGGAAGCCGCUAGUACAACAGCAGCCACUCGCGAUACCACAGAUAGCAAACAACCGGGCCGCUGGAGCUGGAGGGCCGAGUACUCGAACAAUGACCGCCCCGGCGCGGCAACUGAACACGACGAAAACGGAGAUGAUUCAAAUCGCCCUACCGCCCGAACCGAGGGCCGUGCACUUCCGCGAAGAGGUGUCGCAGGAAUUUCCGUCGAUUUCCUCCGCGGCUCCGUCGCCCGCGUCCCCGGAGCUGCCCUUCAGCCCGUCGCCGCAGAAGCCCUUAGGUGCGCUGAAUGCAGGGACGUCGCCGAGCACCCUGGUUGCGAAUGCCACGCCGCUUGGCGCCGUGCGGAGUCCGUCGAAUUCGCCUGUGAAAAAGCCCCGCGCACGGCCGGCUUCCAGUCCGGCGGAAGGAAUGAGUCAGCAGUUGCCGCCGAUGCCGAUGUAUCCGCAGGAGCCUGAGGGAGUGGGUGUGGAGCUGGAGAUCGUUCCCAUGCAGAGGCCGAGGAGUAGCGAGACGCCGCCGCCGCGACGUCCGAGCACCUCCCCCGAGCGCCCGCGUUCUGUAGACGAGCUGGCACAACCAAAAAAGCGGCCGAGCACCGCUUUUUCGGAAAGUCUGUUGUCCGCACGGGGAGAGACGAACCGGCUGCACUCAGCUCGGGGACACUACGAAGAAGCGCUCGUGCAAUCGGUAUGCCAUGUGGACUACGUUGCAUAGGUCGAUGAGUGUGAUGAAUGUUUUUCUGUUGGCAGAAAUUGUGUUUUUUGCGCAGCAAGAUGGGCUUUUCAAAAUAAAAACAGAUGACGCCUCAGCGGAGGGAAAUGCUAACGCCCGGGAGUAGGCUAGAUCGCGGCGGCUACAGGCCUGAUAUUCCAGCAUUGAAGCCAAAGGAAGCACAACUGCAAUGGACCAAAGAGUUCUUGGAGGAUCGCGGCGAGUACGAACUUAUGUUUGUCGUAGUUGUGCUUACAGAGACUGAAGUAGUUGUGAAUCGGAGUCAGAUGCUAGCUUUUGUGCUCAGCUUGAUAUAGAAUUUCCGUUGCUCCCUCCUGCAAGUGUGAGUUUUUCCAAAUCGAAUCACCCACUAGGCCCGUGGUAGCCGAAGUAGACCCAGACCCAGGCUCAAGCGCCCCGAUGUCUCCGACCACCUCUGCCAUCGAUCGCAGCGUGGAAUUCGAAGCUCCGCCGCAAGCGUCGCUCUCCGACGUGGACAAAAUGUCCGACCUGCCGGUACCUGCACAGGAAACCGGAUCGGAGAAGACCAGUCCCCGGUCGCGGCACUCGUCUUCUAAAGAGGGGUCGAAGCAGGGCUCCCCCCGGCCGCCCCAAACGUGGAUCGACGCGGUCAACUCGCGGGGACCCUCGCCGCAGGAUAUCGACGUGGCGAAAGAAAUCAUUUUGAAGCCGGUACUGGACCGCGCCGGCGUGACGGAGGACCCAGAAGUUGGGGAUGAGGAAGCUGUUGCGGAAGUUGUAGAGCCACGGCCAUCCACGCCCAGUAAGGCACUACAGUCAGCCGCUAGUUCCCGACCGGUGAGCCGCGGGACCAGCGGAACGCCCUCGCGCCCGGUCAGUCGUGCCGAUUCCUCCCGUCCGAUCAGCCGUGGCGAAUCGCAGGGAAAGCUCGUCAUGCACCCGCGACCGGGCGGCGGCUCGCAGCGGUCGACACCCGUGAAUUCUCCCCGGCGGUUGUCCAAGGAUCGAGCUAAGGCGUCCCGCACGGUGCAAGAUUUGGAGGAACUGGAGCGAUUGGAAAAAUUGGCACAGGAACAAGACUACUCGAUCGAGUUCCCGCACCCGGAGAAGAUGGAAGUCUCCAUAAGUACCGAAGAAGGGGCGACGUCCGUGCGUGUACAGAAGAUCCGCUCCAUGGUGCUCAAGGAAAUUCAGGAGAAAACGAAGCCAACGAAGCUACUGGAAAACGUCAGCCGGGACAACAGUAAGAGUCUUGGGGCGUUUUUCGUUUUCAGUCCUGAUUGUUUUUGCUACGCCAUAGUCAUGUGCACCUGUAAUGCUAACGGACUUUUCUCAAUAGUUUUGAACUCAAAACUCACAGUCGGCCUCCCGGACAAGAUCCACGACUACCUCUCGUUUCCACUGUACAAGCGUCAGCCGAACCCGGUGGAUCUGGAGCAUUCCGUGGAAAUGGACAUUUGGUACCUGCUUUUUGCAAUGGCGAUAAUUUUUGUACCGUUGUGCUGCUUUCUCGGAUAUGAAGCAUGCUGUUAUUUGAACAGACUGCUCAAGAUGAAUAUCACAAACGCAAACACUAGGUUACGGAAGGGCUGGAACCGCAAGGAAAAGUGGGAGAUCAAAACCGAUCCUGUGGACAGGUUUCUGGCGGGCGCGGGGCAGGGAAAAUUUCAUCGGACCCGGUAGGGAAAAGCAUACAGAGAAUAAAGCACACAAGUUGUUCAUUGCAGAGAAUACAGCCAAUGUUCUUAUUUUCAUUGUCACGAAGCUCUCGGAAAAAACUAAGAUUUGACGCGAGAAGCAACCUGCUGCGCGAAAAGACGGAUCAAAAAGCGCACGGUCAACAGUUUCAAGAUGAUGUAGAUGUUGCAGCAAAGAAAGACUACAUUAAGUAAGUACUUUACUUGAUACUUCACCUGGCAGAGUCGGGAUCACGGGGACACAAAUUGAAGUAACUCCUCGUGAGUACAACUGGUAUUUGUGUCCCAAAGUGCUGAGUUUUAGAAGGUUGCGCUAAGGAUUUCGGUAUUCAUUGCAAAUGGCCCUGCAGAGUUUGCGACAAAUCGUGAAAUGUUGAAC